UCUCUCAAUCUCAAUAGCGUUAUAGAAUUGGUUUAUCAGACAAAAUACCGAAUAUCUAACAAAGAGAGAGAGAAGAAGAAUUAGCAGCAGCUAGCAGCAAAUGGGUAUCAAAGAUCUUCUCAGGUUCAUGAAACCCUACAUUGAACCCAUUCACAUCAAGAAAUACGCUGGAAAAAGAGUGGGUAUCGAUGCGUACUCAUGGCUUCACAAAGGAGCUUAUUCAUGUAGUAUGGAGAUAUGUCUAGAUUUAAAUGGCGAUAAAAAGCUGCGAUAUUUAGACUACUUCGUGCACAGAAUCAAUCUUCUUAGACACUAUAAGAUUACGCCAGUUGUUGUUUUUGAUGGGGCAAGCAUUCCUUGUAAAGCUGCAACUGAACAUGAGAGACAGAGGAGAAGAGAAUCUAAUCGUGCAUUGGCCAUGGAAAAGCUUAAGGAAGGGAAUGUUAAUGCUGCUAGUGAGCUCUUCCAGAGAGCAGUGAGCAUCACCCCAGUUAUGGCACGUAAACUGAUUCAGAUAUUGAAAUCAGAAAAUGUAGAAUUUGUAGUAGCUCCAUAUGAAGCAGAUGCACAGUUGGCAUAUUUAUCAAGUCUUGAAGCAGAAGAGGGUGGUAUAGCAGCAGUUAUCACAGAGGAUAGUGAUCUAUUGGCAUACGGUUGCCAAGCUACCAUUUUUAAGAUGGAUCGGUAUGGCAAUGGCGAAGAGAUAGUUUUAGACAAGGUGUUUGAUGUUGUGGCUUGCAAACCUUCAUUCCAAUAUUUUAGUCGAGAAUUGUUUACAGGUAUGUGUGUUUUAGCUGGUUGUGAUUUUCUUCCAUCUGUUCCUGGGAUUGGUAUUGUGAGGGCUCAUUCCUACGUUUCAAAGUAUCGAAGCUUGGAUCGUGUUUUAUCAGUUCUGAAGUUGGAGAAGGGCAAUCAAAUGCCUGAAGAUUAUUGCAAGUCUUUCAAAGAAGCUCUUGCAGUUUUCCAGCAUGCAAGAAUAUAUGAUGCCGAAACCAAGAAACUCAAACACAUGAAACCUCUUUCACAAGAUCUUUUAGCUUCUUUGGAUGAGAAGCUUGAUUUCUUGGGGCCAGAACUUCCUCCUUCAGUAGCAACUGCAAUUGCUGAGGGAAAAUUGAAUCCCAUGAACAUGGAAGCCUUUGAUUAUUUUCCAAGUUCUGAAUGUCAUCUAGGUCUCAUUGUUAUGCAAAAUCCCCGGAAGCCUGAAUUCACUUCGCAUAUAACUGGAGAAAAAGAUAUUGCAGGAAUAGUGACAAAGCAGGAUACAGCUGUUAGUGAAAGGAAGUAUACAAAUGAAGCUCUAGCACUUCAGAAACUAAUUUUACCACAAGAAAUUCAUACAAGAACAGAAAACAAAAUGGUGCCUGAUGAUAUCUCAGUGAAGAUUCCUAAAAACCCAUUUAUGAUACUGUGUUCACCUCCUGAUAGCAGUCCAAAUGAUCUUAGCAAUAAUCUUUCCAAGAAAAGAAAAUUAAAUGAGAAUGAGAUUGACUUGCAUCAGAGAGAGAGCAUUGAUGAACAAGCUUCAGGGAUUACAGAGGUGGGAAAUUCAGAUGUGUUAUAUGUUACUAAGGAAUCCCAGGAAAGUGUGAAUUCCAAGCCCAGAAAGAUUUCUGAUGGGAGAAGCAGAGCUAAAAGUGACAAAUCAAAGAGAAGUAAUAGCAGGAGUGCAGAGAACAAGCAGAACACUAUCUUGAAUUUCUUUUCUCGUGUGUAAUCUUUCAAUCUCUACAUGUAAUUUAUUAUCCAGUUUUGGUAAUCAUUUAGUUCUGUAGAUAAUCCUUUUCUUUGAGGUGCUGGAACAUAGAGGGAAAAUAAACAUUAAAAUAAAAACCUGAACAUAUUUGAAAUUA